AUGACUUGGCCAGCCUUGCCGACUCGCGCUGCUUACUUGACUAUCAAAAAUGGAAAGCGUCGAAAUGCUCUGUCUCUCGCGGUUUUGCGAGAUCUACGAGAUCAACUGCACGCAUACAACAAAUCACCUGUUGACGGCCGAGUGAGGAUCCUGCCUCCCUUCAAACCGGAAAUACUCGCGGAGUUAGAGGCUGCUGCAAAGGACAGGAAUUGCGCAGCUGCACAAGAACAUGGAUGGCUUCUCGAUGUGGAAAAGUGGCAGGAGCAUCGAAAGGGACUACCCAAUGUCAUCGUGUUGCGCACUGAGGGACCCGUAUUUUCAUCAGGGCACGACUUGGGCGAACUACGACGAUUGAGCCAUGAUGAAGUUAAGGAGACAUUCGCGCUUUGCGCCGAAGUCAUGUCCUUGAUCAGGCGCUCUCCUGCACCGGUAAUCGGGGUUAUUCAGGGUCUAGCGACUGCUGCUGGGGCCCAGCUUGCUCUGACGACGGAUCUUCCAGUGGCUUGCGCUUCAACUCAAUUCCGGCUGCCCGGAGCAUCGUUAGGACUGCCUUGCACAUCUCCCUCCACAGCCGUCUCGCGAAGACUGGGGCAUGCAUUUACGUAUAGAAUGCUAGCUCUGGCCGAGCCAGUUCGGGCAGAUCAACUUCCAGGAGGGGCAGUUGAGGUGUUACCAGAUGAGGCAGCCCUAGAGAUGCGGGUGGCCCAAAUGGUUAGUCAGUUAUCAGAGAAGACGGCGGCACAGCCGCUGGCAUUAGGAAAAUGGGGAUAUUGGACACAAAUGGGAUUGUACGGGACCUCCUCUGCAUCCGGAGGGGAUGGCUACGAAGAUGCAGUGGCAUGGACUGGCAGACUUAUGGCUCUGCAUGCGAGAGCUGCCGAUGCUAGGGAAGGGAUAAAUUCCUUUUUCGAAAAGAGGCCGCCUGUGUGGAAGCUCUAA